UUACAGAAUACUCCCAAAGGAAUAUUCUCUGCUAAGGGAGGUUGAAGGUUUGAAGCGACUCGUGCAAUGUGCAGUGAUGCUGGCAGCACAUACUAAAGUUUCCAGAAGGCCCUGGCCUGGGACCACCAAACCAGAUCUGUAUGUCAAGUCACAGUAAUCCUGCAGAAGCAGCUGUACCUUUACAGUUCUCUUCAGUUUUCCAAGAGCAGCAGGAAAUGACUGAAUCACAGCCUUCCCAGCUGUCUUUUGGUGACUGCGUCGAGCAGAAUGCCGCUCGCAAGUUGCCAAUGCCAAGACUGACCAUGAUGGAGAUAGCAAACAUCAUCAUUAUGCCAGUGUACAGGAAUAAAAAUUUAAAUACUCCUGCCACUGCAUCUUGGUUUUAGAGUUACCAAGGAAGACACAAUGGAGUCAAGCAUUGGAUGGAACAGUGCUUUUAUACACUUAAGAGCACGUCCCCUGGGGAAAAGGCUGUUUGUACUGUGGAAGCUCCAAGCUAGCUUAAAGACAGUAGAGUCUUACAAGGAACCAUCAGACAGCCUCCCGUGGAGCUGGAUGGUAAAGGAUGCAAAUGGAGCAAGUUAAAAUGCCACAAACCUCACAAACCUCAAACCAGCAGUGCUUAUUGAAUGAAUGCUCCCUGGAUUUAUGCAAGACUUUGGGAUUAGUAUCAUUCAAGGAUGUGUCGGUCAGUUUCACCCAGGUGGAGUGGCAGUGGCUGGACUCAGCUCAGAAGAUCCUGUACAGGGAUGUGAUGCUGGAGAACUACAGCAAACUGGUUUCAGUGGGGUGUCUUACAAUCAAACCAGAUGUGAUCUCCCAGUUGGAGCAAGGAGAAGAACCAUGGAUAAUAGAGGUGAUGUUCUCAAGCCAGAGUCUUCCAGUGCUCAAUAUUCUCUCGAGAAUACACCUAAACUUGUUUUUGAUUCAUCCAGGUUCCCAGAGGCAGCAGGCCUGAUGCCACCUCGCACACACUCUGGCAGGUGACUUUGCCCUGAGUCCUCCCAUCCUAGCACUUCUCACGGUGUGCCCUGGUGGGCAGCUCGCUGGAGAAAGCAAGGGCUCUGGGUUAAGCAAGAGAGCUCGGGGUUAUAGUACUGAAGAACAAAGCGGUGUUCAGACUCUCUUAGUCUUGCUCUUCUCUCUACAAACUGGAUAUGCUGCUUAACUAAGGACCGCAGAGGAGAAUUGGACCCCUAGAGCUGCUGGACCUGCCCCCUGUGGCCUGAGUCAUGGUGCAUGUCCAGGUGUCUGACCCUGACUGUGUAUGAGUGUGCACAGCUCUUGUGAGUACCUGCCUGCCCUCACCUACCUGAGGACUUAGGACCUGAGGCCAGUGCAGCUGCGUGACCUGCCUCCCACAGUGAAUGACAGGGCUUAUUAGGGAGGCCAGAUCCACACCUCAUUCCCCAGCAGGUGCAACUGAGAGGAGAGAAGGCCGAGGCCACUGAAAGAUGAAUUGUGCAGCUAGGAGCAUUUGGCUGGCUUCUGCUGCAUCCAGGCAAUGGUUCUUACUGGCUCCUGGUCAUCCUUUGUGCCAUAGAGAAGGAUUUGGUAAGCCACAAUUCUGGGCAGGACCCGAGUCUCCAAGAUCAACAGCAUAGGCAACACAUCCAUAAAGGCAGGGACUCCUGGAAACCCGAAAUCCUGUAGACUGGUGGCUCUCAAUGCUGGUCCCAGAACCAGCAGCAUCAGCUUCACCUGGGAACUUCUUAAAAUGCAAAUCCUCAGGCCCUACCCAAGCACUUCUGAAUCAGAACUCCAAUGGGACUGUCAAUCUAUGUUUGUUUGUUUUUUUUAAUUUUUUUAACGUUUAUUUAUU